AUGUGUGCCAUAUAUGGGGAUGGGCAUUUCAUCACUUUUGAUGAGGAAAGGUUCACUUUCAAUGGAGAUUGUGAAUACACUCUUACUCAGGUAGGGCAAUACUCAUUAGCAUUUAUGAUUAAGGAACAAUACUUUGAUUUGAUUUUGUAUUUUAAUAAAAACCCUACUUUAUGUACGGUCCACAUAUUUUCUAAUUAUUGAUCAAUAUAUAGUAAUGAUAAUAACUAAGCGGUAAAGGUUUUCUGAUUCUUUGUUGUAAUACAUCCUGCAGGAUUACUGCAGCAACAAUCCAAACGGUACCUUUAGAGUGAUCACGGAGAACAUUCCCUGUGGAACCACUGGCACCACCUGUUCCAAGGCCAUCAAGCUCUUCUUGGGGGUAGGAACCACUGUUCAUAAACGGCUUCAUAAAUGCAUUAAAGGUGUAAUAGACAAGUCCGGACAUUUGGCACAAUGUCGACGGCGGUGGCAGCGAAUGUAAUUGCAUUGCUGAAGUCUAUGCGUUUUUGCUAGCAGGCUAGAUUGACUGACAGAGUGCCUGCUUAGAAUUGUAUUCGAGCAGAAUUGAUAGCAGCACAAAACCCCCAUAUGUAUUUGUUACAUUAGAAUUUAAAAUCGACAUGUUGUAUCUGUGUACAAACUGGGUAGUGUAAAACCCAGCACCACCACAUUGUAACCCUGGAUAGUGUAACCCUGGAUAGUGUAACCCUGGAUAGUGUAACCCUGGAUAGUGUAACCCUGGAUAGUGUAACCCUGGAUAGUGUAACCCUGGAUAGUGUAACCCUGGACAGUGUAACCCUGGACAGUGUAACCCUGGAUAGUGUAACCCUGGAUAGUGUAACCCUGGACAGUGUAACCCUGGAUAGUGUAACCCUGGACAGUGUAACCCUGGACAGUGUAACCCUGGACAGUGUAACCCUGGAUAGUGUAACCCUGGACAGUGUAACCCUGGAUAGUGUAACCCUGGAUAGUGUAACCCUGGAUAGUGUAACCCUGGAUAGUGUAACCCUGGAUAGUGUAACCCUGGACAGUGUAACCCUGGACAGUGUAACCCUGGAUAGUGUAACCCUGGACAGUGUAACCCUGGACAGUGUAACCCUGGAUAGUGUAACCCUGGACAGUGUAACCCUGGAUAGUGUAACCCUGGAUAGUGUAACCCUGGACAGUGUAACCCUGGACAGUGUAACCUGGAUAUGAACCCUGGAUAGUGUAACCCUGGGGACCAUAGUGUAACCCUGGAAGUGUAACCCUGGACAGUGUAACCCUGGAUAGUGUAACCCUGGAAGUGUAACCCUGGAUAGUGUAACCCUGGACAGUGUAACCCUGGAUAGUGUAACCCUGGAAGUGUAACCCUGGAAGUGUAACCCUGGAUAGUGUAACCCUGGAUAGUGUAACCCUGGACAGUGUAACCCUGGAUAGUGUAACCCUGGAUAGUGUAACCCUGGAUAGUGUAACCCUGGAUAGUGUAACCCUGGAUAGUGUAACCCUGGAUAGUGUAACCCUGGAUAGUGUAACCCUGGAUAGUGUAACCCUGGACAGUGUAACCCUGGAAUGUAACCUGGAUGUGUAACCCUGGAUAGUGUAACCCUGAUAGUGAACCUGGAUAGUGUAACCCUGGAUAGUGUAACCCUGACAGUGACCUGGAUAUGUAACCCUGGAUAGUGUAACCCUGGAUAGUGUAACCCUGGAUAGUGUAACCCUGGACUAGUGUAACCCUGGAUAGUGUAACCCUGGGACAGGCUAACCCUGGUGUAACCCUGGAUAGGUAACCCUGGAUAGUGUAACCCUGGACAGUGUAACCUGGACAGUGUAAACCUGGAUAGUGUAAACCCUGGAUAGUGUAACCCUGGACAGUUUAACCCUGGUAGUGUGUAACCCUGGACAGUUUAACCCUGGAUAGUGUAACCCUGGACAGUGGUAACCCUGGAUAGUGUAACCCUGGAUAGUGAACCUGGACAGUGUAACCCUGGAUAGUUAACCCUGGAUAGUGUAACCCUGGACAGUGUAACCCUGGAUAGUGUAACCCUGGAUAGUGUAACCCUGGACAGUGUAACCCUGGAUAGUGUAACCCUGGAUAGUGUAACCCUGGACAGUGUAACCCUGGAUAGUUUAACCCUGGAUAGUGUAACCCUGGAUAGUGUAACCCCUGGACAGUGUAACCCCUGGAUUUUUAGUUUAACCCUGGAUAGUGUAACCCUGGACAGUGUAACCCUGGAUAGUGUAACCCUGGAUAGUGUAACCCUGGAUAGUGUAACCCUGGAUAGUGUAACCCUGUCUACUAGUCUUACAUUAGCAAUAAAAUGAACACAUUCUGUUUCUUUCUUUCAGAACAAUGAGAUCAUACUGGCAGAUGAAUCUGUAAAAGUGAUCAAACAAGAGAAUGGGGUAGACGUACCAUACCAGGUCCACUCUAUCGGUCUGUAUGUUGUUGUUGAGGCUGAAAAUGGCCUGAUCCUCAUGUGGGAUAAGAAGAAUAGCCUGUUUAUCAAACUCAGCUCGACUUUCCAGGUGAGUGACUAGAAUAGGACAUAUUCAACCAGUGACUGCACUGUAUAUUUGUUUAGCAAUUGAUCAAAGGGAAUAGGGGAGUGUACUCAUAAUUAAACAUGUGAUGUUAUAUUAACCAUGUUCUCUCCUUCCAGGGCCAAGUGUGUGGUCUGUGUGGAAACUACGACGGUAAUGGAAAGAACGACUUCACGUCCAGAAACCAGGAAGUGGUUGUUGACGCUCUGGAGUUUGGGAACAGCUGGAAAGUGUCAACUAGUUGCCCCAACGCUGAUGUCAUAAAGAACCCAUGCGCUUUAAGAUCAUACAGGGAGUCCUGGUCUCUGAAACGUUGCAGCAUCAUCACCAGUAAAGUGUUCGCAGCCUGCCACUCAGAGGUACAGUAAACAGCAGAAACUAGUCAAGAUAGAUUCAACACUUUAUUGCCAUACCAACCAAAGUUGUUAGGAAGUUGACGUAGUGCAGCUCAAAAAACAAAGACAAAAAGAUACAGAUGUAGAUACGUUCAUUUGCAUAACCUAUACAUACAAUAGAGAGUACAGCAGAUACAUUCUGGGGGGGGGGUUACAUAUGGAAUUGUUUUAAGAUGGUCAUACCAUUGAUCAUUUAGCUAUUUGAUUUAGAAAUGUAGGACCCCUUUAGGUUUCAAAAAAAUAUAUAUAAAAAAUAUUUGAUAAAAUAUUGAAUUUGGCCUUUACUACUGUAGCCCAUAGAAACACAUUGAAUAACACUUUCAUAAAUGGCAAAAAAAAAUACAGUCAAAAAAUAAAUCAUAAGGAAUGAAGUUUUGAAGUGUCUGACGUAUAUUUAGGAGAUAUAAGAAACCUCAGGUUGUAGCCUCUGAAGAUAUCUUUAGCACAAAGAUGCAAUGCUUAUUUCCUGUCUUUUACAUUUUGGGGUGGUUGUCAUGGUAAUGGCAGGUCAUUUGGGGCGGCAGGUAGCUUAGUGGGUAAGAGCGUUGUGCCAGUAACCGAAAGGUCGCUGGUUCUAAUCCCCGAGCCGACUAGGCGAAAAAUCUGUCGUUGUGAUCUUGAGCAAGGCACUUAACCCUAAUUGCUCCUGUAAGUCGCUCUGGAUAAGAGCGUCUGCUAAAUGACUAAAAAAAAAAUAAAAAAAAAAAUAAUAAAAAAAAAAAAAAAAAAAAAAAAAAAAAGGUCAUGUGCAAAACCCCCACUUUAGAGAAAAAAACAUCAGAUCUGAGCAGGUCGCAUGGAGAAUCGGGUUUGAAUCAGGGUUGAGAUCCACAUAUGGAAGUGGUAUAAAUCAGAGCUCAAAAGAUCAGAUUCCAUGUUUUUUUUUGUUGUUGUUGCUGUUUACACAUUAAGGACAAGAUCAGAUAGGUAUCAGAUAUACAAAUAAUUGGUAAAAUAUCUGAAUUGGACUGCCUGUGUAAACGCAGCCAUAGUGACAGUGCAUAAGUACAAUAAUAUAGUUAAGGCUUCAACAAGAGUUCAUAGACUUCACAGGGUCAAUAUGGUUAAUGCUUCAACAAGAGUUCAUAGACUUCACAGGCUCAGGGUCAAUAUGGUUAAUGCUUCAACAAGAGUUCAUAGACCUCACAGCCUCAGGGUCAAUAUGGUUAAUGCUUCAACAAGAGUUCAUAGACUUCACAGCCUCGGGGUCAAUAUGGUUAAUGCUUCAACAAGAGUUCAUAGACUUCACAGGCUCAGGGUCAAUAUGGUUAAUGCUUCAACAAGAGUUCAUAGACCUCACAGGGUCAAUAUGGUUAAUGCUUCAACAAGAGUUCAUAGACCUCACAGCCUCGGGGUCAAUAUGGUUAAUGCUUCAACAAGAGUUCAUAGACUUCACAGCCUCAAGGUCAUAAUAAAAACCAUAUGGUGGAAAUUAUAACAACCGAUAAUUCUGUAGCACAAGUCUUGGGCUUACUGGUUUUCUAGAGUUUGAUUUGAUUUGAUUUGAUUUUACAGGUUUUCUAUAAGGUACACAAUGACAAGCAAAGUUGCAUGAUGGUACAUGGCAAUCUUUCUAAUAAAAUUGGUUUGUCAAUAAUCAUGUGAAUGUGAAUGCACACACAGUCACCAAAAAAAGACAACAGCCAACAAUAAAAGUAGCAAUAAACAGAGAACAAAAACAUAAAGUAAACCAUCCAAACCCAAUCAUCAUCAUCAUCAUCAUCAUCAUCAUCGGGAGUUCAUCUGUAGUCUGUUCAACAAGCAAGGCAAUGCAUUGAACAAAUAAAUGAUGGCUAAAUGCAUCUUCCUAAAAGGUGGACCCCACCCCAUUCCAUGAUGCCUGUGUGAGGGACUCGUGUGCCUGUGACACUGGGGGAGACUGCGAAUGUUUCUGUACCGCUGUAGCAGCCUACGCCCAGGCCUGCAACGAGGCAGGGGCUUGUAUCAGGUGGAGAACACCAGAUAUCUGCCGUGAGUCAUUUGCUUUGAGUGGGACAAUUGAUUGAUGGAUAGGUGGGAUUGUUUUUGCUAAGGGGGGCGAAAUACCACCUUGUGAUUUGUAUGUGUAACUGUUUAAUCAUUCCUCUUUUGGGACCCUGGUUAAAAUGUAACAUGUUUUAAUUUCCCCAGCUCUGUUCUGUGAUUUCUACAACCCUAUUGGUGAGUGUGAGUGGCAUUAUCAGCCGUGUGGAGACCCCUGUAUGAAGACCUGCAGGAAUCCCUCAGGAACAUGCUCCAGUCAGAUCCCUGCACUGGAAGGUAACUAAUAGCCCUUCAUAACAGCUUGGGCCUUUGAUUUAGACCAUAUUACAUGGCAAGUUGUAAAACAAAUGUACAGUAUAAAAUAUGUAAUGACUCUCCCUCCCUUGUCUAUCUAUACUGAAAAACUAAACACAAAAUAUUUAAAUAUCGUAUCCAGCUUUGGUGUUAGAACUAGAUACCAUGAGCAUGAUCUAAUCUGUGCAGGUGUCCUGGAUUAAAUUGACUGUUUAUCUUAAAGGUUGCUAUCCAAAAUGUCCUCCGGACCAGCCUUAUUUAGAAGAAAGUACCAUGAAGUGUGUCCCUAUCAAGAAGUGUGGUUGCUACGAUGGAGAUGGAACACAUUACAACGAGGAUGACGUUAUACCUUCCAAGGAGAACUGUCAGAGAUGGUAUGUUUUUAUAUCAGCAUUUUGACAUAUACAUAGAUACUGUAUUUACAUUACAUAGUAUUUAACAUGGUUGGUAUAUUUCUAUAUACCUAUGUUUCUGGUGAGAUAAGGCGAUGUCAAUGGUCCCCCUACAAAGACGUUUUCCUACCAUUCAACUGAUUUAGCUUUUCAAAGAUUGGGAUUUGACCUGUUAAUAUCUUAUUGGGAUUUGACCUGUUAAUAGCGUAUUGGGAUUUGACCUGUUAAUACCUUAUUGGGAUUUGACCUGUUAAUACCUUAUUGGGAUUUGACCUGUUAAUACCUUAUUGGGAUUUGACCUGUUAAUACCUUAUUGGGAUUUGACCUGUUAAUACCUUAUUGGGAUCUGACCUCUUUAUACCUUAUUGGGAUUUGACCUGUUAAUACCUUAUUGGGAUCUGAUAUGUUAAUACCUUAUUGGGAUCUGACCUGUUAAUACCUUAUUUGGAUCUGACCUGUUAAUACCUUAUUGGGAUUUGACCUCUUAAUACCUUAUUGGGAUCUGACCUGUUAAUACCUUAUUGUGAACAUACUCCUGAGUGGCGCAGUGGUCUAAGGCACUGCAUCGCAGUGCUAACUGUGCCACUAGAGAUCCUGGUUCGAAUCCAGGCGCUGUCGCAGCUGGCCGCGACCGGGAGACUCAUGGGCGGCGCACAAUUGACCCAGCGUCGUCCAGGGUAGGGGAGGGAAUGGCCGGCCGGGAUGUAGCUCAGUUGAUAGAGCAUGGCGUUUGCAACGCCAGGGUUGUGGGUUCGAUUCCCACGGGGGGCCAGUAUAAAAAAAUAUGUAUUCACUAACUGUAAGUCGCUCUGGAUAAGAGCGUCUGCUAAAUGACUAAAAUGUAAAUGUAAACAUAUAACAGUGCUUUCAAAUCAUAACAAAUAACAUCUUAUUCGACUUUCAAAGGUACUAAAACCCCCUGCUUUCUUUUUCAAGUCUUUGCUCAUCAACUAAGGCCAAUUGCAGCUAUGAUAUCGAAGGUAAGGAAAACUGUUACAAACUGAAACAUUAGCCUACAUUACCAAGAAGGUAACAUGACAAGAUGAUUACAUGAUAAUAACUUGUUCACUGUGAAAAUCAUAUUGCAGCCUGCUAUUGUAUAUACGACGGCAGAACAUACCCGUAUGGAGCUAUCGUAUAUCACACAUCUGACGGUGAUGGGACCUGUAUUACUGCCAUCUGCAAAACCAACGGAACCAUUGUCCGGAAUAUGAAACCCUGUAUCGGCACCACAACUCCAACAACUACACCAAGUGUUACAACAACACAAAUAUCCACCCAAGCACCGACCACAACAGUAUUUGUUUUCUCAACUCCUACCACUGCCCAAACAACAACUCCUACCACUAACCCAACAACUACUACGACUACCUCAACAACAAAACCUACCACUACCCCCACAACAACCCUCACUUCAACACCAACCACUCCACCCACUUCUACUCCACACUGCCUGAUCUGUGAAUGGUCAGACUGGAUUGACAAACAUUAUCGUUCAAAUGGACCAGAAGGAGGAGAUUUCGAAACCAUAGAUAUUUGCAGUGAACCCAAGGAAGUACAAUGCAGAGCCAAAGAAUUCAUUGAUGUUCCUUUGGCCGACCUAGGUCAAAAGGUUGAAUGCAAUUCCUCGGUUGGACUGAUAUGCCGCAACAAGGAUCAAGGCAUCCCACCAAUAUGCUACAACUAUGAAAUCAGAGUCAAAUGUUGUGUUGUUUGUGGGACAACUACCACCUCAGAAAGGCCCACAACACCUACUACCACUGAAAUAACAACCACUAGGCCAACAACUACCCCAACAACAACCACAAUAACAACCCCUACCCCCACAACAACCAUUACACCAACAACAACAACAACACCCACUACCCCAACAACAACCCCUACCACUACCCCAACAACCACAACAACAACCCCUAGCCCCACAACAACCCCUACUUCAACACCAACCACUCCACCCACUUCUACUCCACACUGCCUGAUCUGUGAAUGGUCAGACUGGAUUGACAAACAUUAUCCUUCAAUUGGACCAGAAGGAGGAGAUUUCGAAACCAUAGAUAUUUGCAUUGAACCCAAGGAAGUACAAUGCAGAGCCAAAGAAAACAUUGAUGUUCCUUUGGCCGACCUAGGUCAAAAGGUUGAAUGCAAUUCCUCGGUUGGACUGAUAUGCCGCAACAAGGAUCAAGGCAUCCCACCAAUAUGCUACAACUAUGAAAUCAGAGUCAAAUGUUGUGUUGUUUGUGGGACAACUACCACCUCAGAAAGGCCCACAACACCUACUACCACUGAAAUAACAACCACUAGGCCAACAACUACCCCAACAACAACCACAAUAACAACCCCUACCCCCACAACAACCAUUACACCAACAACAACAACAACACCCACUACCCCAACAACAACCCCUACCACUACCCCAACAACCACAACAACAACCCCUAGCCCCACAACAACCCCUACUUCAACACCAACCACUCCACCCCACUUCUACUCCACACUGCCUGAUCUGUGAAUGGUCAGACUGGAUUGACAAACAUUAUCGUUCAAAUGGACCAGAAGGAGGAGAUUUCGAAACCAUAGAUAUUUGCAGUGAACCCAAGGAAGUACAAUGCAGAGCCAAAGAAUUCAUUGAUGUUCCUUUGGCCGACCUAGGUCAAAAGGUUGAAUGCAAUUCCUCGGUUGGACUGAUAUGCCGCAACAAGGAUCAAGGCAUCCCACCAAUAUGCUACAACUAUGAAAUCAGAGUCAAAUGUUGUGUUGUUUGUGGGACAACUACCACCUCAGAAAGGCCCACAACACCUACUACCACUGAAAUAACAACCACUAGGCCAACAACUACCCCAACAACAACCACAAUAACAACCCCUACCCCCACAACAACCAUUACACCAACAACAACAACAACACCCACUACCCCAACAACAACCCCUACCACUACCCCAACAACCACAACAACAACCCCUAGCCCCACAACAACCCCUACUUCAACACCAACCACUCCACCCACUUCUACUCCACACUGCCUGAUCUGUGAAUGGUCAGACUGGAUUGACAAACAUUAUCGUUCAAAUGGACCAGAAGGAGGAGAUUUCGAAACCAUAGAUAUUUGCAGUGAACCCAAGGAAGUACAAUGCAGAGCCAAAGAAUUCAUUGAUGUUCCUUUGGCCGACCUAGGUCAAAAGGUUGAAUGCAAUUCCUCGGUUGGACUGAUAUGCCGCAACAAGGAUCAAGGCAUCCCACCAAUAUGCUACAACUAUGAAAUCAGAGUCAAAUGUUGUGUUGUUUGUGGGACAACUACCACCUCAGAAAGGCCCACAACACCUACUACCACUGAAAUAACAACCACUAGGCCAACAACUACCCCAACAACAACCAUAAUAACAACCCCUACCCCCACAACAACCAUUACACCAACAACAACACCCACUACCCCAACAACAACCCCUACCACUACCCCAACAACCCCUAGCCCCACAACAACCCCUACUUCAACACCAACCACUCCACCCACUUCUACUCCACACUGCCUGAUCUGUGAAUGGUCAGACUGGAUUGACAAACAUUAUCCUUCAAUUGGACCAGAAGGAGGAGAUUUCGAAACCAUAGAUAUUUGCAUUGAACCCAAGGAAGUACAAUGCAGAGCCAAAGAAAACAUUGAUGUUCCUUUGGCCGACCUAGGUCAAAAGGUUGAAUGCAAUUCCUCGGUUGGACUGAUAUGCCGCAACAAGGAUCAAGGCAUCCCACCAAUAUGCUACAACUAUGAAAUCAGAGUCAAAUGUUGUGUUGUUUGUGGGACAACUACCACCUCAGAAAGGCCCACAACACCUACUACCACUGAAAUAACAACCACUAGGCCAACAACUACCCCAACAACAACCACAAUAACAACCCCUACCCCCACAACAACCAUUACACCAACAACAACAACAACACCCACUACCCCAACAACAACCCCUACCACUACCCCAACAACAACAACAACUACCCCAACAACAAGCACCACAGAAAGUCCAACAACCACAACUAAGACAACAACCCCAUCCACAACAACAACAGUAACAGAGGAAUUUACAACUGGUCCAGAAUCAACAACCCUUACAACAACAACAACCAUUACACCAACAACACCCACAACACCCACUACACCAACAACACCCACAACAACCACUACACCAACAACACCCACAACAACCACUACACCAACAACAACAACUACUACUACUACAACCACAACAACUACUAAGACAACAGCGUAUUCCACAACAAGUGAAACAACAGAAGAAAUUACAACUGGUCCAGAAUCAACAACAACCACAACAAACCCUACCACUACCCCAACUACUACCACAACAACAACCCCAUCUACGACUACCUCUGAGGAAACGACAACAACGACCCCAACAACAACCACAAUAACAACCCCUACCCCCACAACAACCAUUACACCACCACCAACAACAACACCCACUUCCCCAACAACAACCCCUACCACUACACAACCAACAACAACAACACCCACUACCCCAACAACAACAACAACAACUACCCCAACAACAAGCACCACAGAAAGUCCAACAACCACAACUAAGACAACAACCCCAUCCACAACAACAACAGUAACAGAGGAAUUUACAACUGGUCCAGAAUCAACAACACCCACAACAACCACUACACCAACAACAACAACUACUACAACAACAACCACCACAGAAAGUCCAACAACUACUAAGACAACAGCGUAUUCCACAACAAGUGAAACAACACAAGAAAUUACAACUGGUCCAGAAUCAACAACACCCACAACAACCCCUACCACUACCCCAACUACUACCACAACAACAACCCCAUCUACGACUACCUCUGAGGAAACGACAACAGCCACCACCAAAGCCCCUACCACAACAACACCCACAACAACCCCUACCACUACCCCAACAACAACCACAACAACCCCUACCCCCACAACAACCCCUACUUCAACACCAACCACUCCACCCACUUCUACUCCACACUGCCUGAUCUGUGAAUGGUCAACCUGGAUUGACAAACAUUAUCCUUCAAUUGGACCAGAAGGAGGAGAUUUCGAAACCAUAGAUAUUUGCAGUAAACCCAAGGAAGUACAAUGCAGAGCCAAAGAAAGAUUUGAUGUUCCUUUGGCCGACCUAGGUCAAAAGGUUGAAUGCAAUCCCUCGGUUGGACUGAUAUGCCGCAACAAGGAUCAAGGCAUCCCACCAAUAUGCUACAACUAUGAAAUCAGAGUCAAAUGUUGUGUUGUUUGUGGGAAUGAGACAACUACCACCUCAGAAAGGACCACAACACAUACUACCACUGAAAUAACAACCACUAGGCCAACAACUACCCCAACAACAACCACAAUAACAACCCCUACCCCCACAACAACCAUUACACCAACAACAACAACAACACCCACUACCCCAACAACAACAACAACUACCCCAACAACAACACCCACUACCCCAACAACAACUACCCCAACAACUACAACAACUAACCCAACAACAACCACAAUAACAACCCCUACCCCCACAACAACCAUUACACCACCACCAACAACCACAACAACUACCCCAACAACAAGCACCACAGAAAGUCCAACAACCACAACUAAGACAACAACCCCAUCCACAACAACAACAGUAACAGAGGAAUUUACAACUGGUCCAGAAUCAACAACACCCACAACAACCACUACACCAACAACAACAACUACUACUACUGCAACAACAACAACAACAACCACCACAGAAAGUCCAACAACAACUAAGACAACAGCUUAUUCCACAACAAGUGAAACAACAGAAGAAAUUACAACUGGUCCAGAAUCAACAACACCCACAACAACCACUACACCAACAACAACAACUACUACUACUACAACCACAACAACAACAACCACCACAGAAAGUCCAACAACAACUAAGACAACAAAAUAUUCCACAACAAGUGAAACAACAGAAGAAAUUACAACUGGUCCAGAAUCAACACCACCCACAACAACCCCUACCACUACCCCAACUACUACCACAACAACAACCCCAUCUACGACUACCUCUGAGGAAACAACAACAGCCACCACCAAAGCCCCUACCACAACAACAACAACAACCCCUACCACUACCCCAACAACAACCACAACAACAACAACAACUACCCCAACAACAACAACUACCCCAACAACAAGCACCACAGAAAGUCCAACAACCACAACUAAGACAACAACCCCAUCCACAACAACAACAGUAACAGAGGAAUUUACAACUGGUCCAGAAUCAACAACACCCACAACAACCACUACACCAACAACAACAACUACUACUACUACAACCACAACAACAACAACACCCACUACCCCAACAACACCCACAACACCAACUACACCAACAACACCCACAACACCCACUACACCAACAACACCCACAACACCCACUACACCAACAACACCCACAACACCCACUACACCAACAACACCCACAACACCCACUACACCAACAACACCCAUAACAACCACUACACCAACAACAACAACUACUAUUACUACAACCCCAACAACAACAACCACCACAGAAAGUCCAACAACAACUAAGACAACAGCGUAUUCCACAACAAGUGAAACAACACAAGAAAUUACAACUGGUCCAGAAUCAACAACACCCACAACAACCAUUACACCACCACCAACAACAACACCCACAUCCCCAACAACAACAACAACAACAACUACCCCAACAACAAGCACCACAGAAAGUCCAACAACCACAACUAAGACAACAACCCCAUCCACAACAACAACAGUAACAGAGGAAUUUACAACUGGUCCAGAAUCAACAACACCCACAACAACCACUACACCAACAACAACAACUACUACUACUACAACCACAACAACAACAACCACCACAGAAAGUCCAACAACAACUAAGACAACAAAAUAUUCCACAACAAGUGAAACAACAGAAGAAAUUACAACUGGUCCAGAAUCAACACCACCCACAACAACCCCUACCACUACCCCAAUUACUACCACAACAACAACCCCAUCUACGACUACCUCUGAGGAAACGACAACAGCCACCACCAAAGCCCCUACCACAACAACAACAACAACCCCUACCACUACCCCAACAACAACCACAACAACAACAACAACUACCCCAACAACAACAACUACCCCAACAACAAGCACCACAGAAAGUCCAACAACCACAACUAAGACAACAACCCCAUCCAUAACAACAACAGUAACAGAGGAAUUUACAACUGGUCCAGAAUCAACAACACCCACAACAACCACUACACCAACAACAACAACUACUACUACUACAACCACAACAACAACAACACCCACUACCCCAACAACACCCACAACACCCACUACACCAACAACACCCACAACACCCACUACACCAACAACACCCACAACACCCACUACACCAACAACACCCACAACACCCACUACACCAACAACACCCACAACACCCACUACACCAACAACACCCACAACAACCACUACACCAACAACAACAACUACUAUUACUACAACCCCAACAACAACAACCACCACAGAAAGUCCAACAACAACUAAGACAACAGCGUAUUCCACAACAAGUGAAACAACACAAGAAAUUACAACUGGUCCAGAAUCAACAACACCCACAACAACCAUUACACCACCACCAACAACAACACCCACUUCCCCAACAACAACAACAACAACAACUACCCCAACAACAAGCACCACAGAAAGUCCAACAACCACAACUAAGACAACAACCCCAUCCACAACAACAACAGUAACAGAGGAAUUUACAACUGGUCCAGAAUCAACAACACCCACAACAACCACUACACCAACAACAACAACUACUACUACUACAACCACAACAACAACUCCUACCACAACAACAACUAAGACAACAAAAUAUUCCACAACAAGUGAAACAACAGAAGAAAUUACAACUGGUCCAGAAUCAACACCACCCACAACAACCCCUACCACUACCCCAACUACUACCACAACAACAACCCCAUCUACGACUACCUCUGAGGAAACGACAACAGCCACCACAAAAGCCCCUACCACAACAACAACAACAACCCCUACCACUACCCCAACAACAACCACAACAACAACAACAACUACCCCAACAACAACAACUACCCCAACAACAACCACAACAACAACCCCAUCUACGACUACCUUUGAGGAAACGACAACAGCCACCACCAAAGCCCCUACCACAACAACAGGAUUCACUGUCAUCACAAAACCAACACAAACAUUCACAUCACCCACAAAAGGACCUCUAAAUCAAAACUCAACACAGACAGAAGGAACUACUACAUCAACCCCAACAACAACUCCUACCACUACCCCAACCCCAACUCCUACCACUACCCCAACCCCAACUCCUACCACUACCCCAACCCCAACUCCUACCACUACCCCAACCCCAACUCCUACCACUACCCCAACCCCAACUCCUACCACUACCCCAACAACAACUCCUACCACUACCCCAACAACAACUCCUACCACUACCCCAACAACAACUCCUACCACUACCCCAACCCCAACUCCUACCACAUUAUGUUUUUGCACAUAUAAAAAACAAUAUUUCCCUGCUGGUAAGUGAUAGCUUCCUUCAUUAAAAUGAUCAAAUCUGACUACAUAAUGCAUUCAUACACUUAAUUUAAUAUCUAUUUGUUACUAAUAAUAUGUUUUUGUUUAGGUUCCUUGAUAUACAAUGAGACUGACGGGGCAGGCUGGUGCUUCACCUCUUACUGUAACUCAAGUUGUAUUGUUGAGAAACAAGCCAGACCAUGUCCAUCUCCGACCCCAAAUACAGUCAGCACUGUCUCAACUACAGUCAGCACUGUCUCAACUACAGUCAGCACUGUCUCAACUACAGUCAGCACUGUCUCAACAACAACAGAAGCUACACGUUCUACAACAUCUAGAUUGUCCCCGACUACACCUUCCAGAGGCUGUGAAUAUGUCAAUCCACCAAGAAAGGUAAUGAAAUAAAGUUUCAACAGAAUAAUUGUGUUUCCCAGUUCAUAGUGUUGUGUAGUACGUAGUGUGUUUCCCAGUUCAUAGUGUUGUGUAGUACGUAGUGUGUUUCCCAGUUCAUAGUGUUGUGUAGUACGUAGUGUGUUUCCCAGUUCAUAGUGUUGUGUAGUACGUAGUGUGUUUCCCAGUUCAUAGUGUUGUGUAGUACGUAGUGUGUUUCCCAGUUCAUAGUGUUGUGUAGUACGUAGUGUGUUUCCCAGUUCAUAGUGUUGUGUAGUACGUAGUGUGUUUCCCAGUUCAUAGUGUUUGUGUAGUACGUAGUGUGUUUCCCAGUUCAUAGUGUUGUGUAGUACGUAGUGUGUUUCCCAGUUCAUAGUGUUGUGUAGUACGUAGUGUGUUUCCCAGUUCAUAGUGUUGUGUAGUACGUAGUGUGUUUCCCAGUUCAUAGUGUUGUGUAGUACGUAGUGUGUUUCCCAGUUCAUAGUGUUGUGUAGUACGUAGUGUGUUUCCUUUCAGGACUAAAACAUACCUUUUCGACUUUAGGACGGUGAAACUUGGAAAACAGGCAACUGCACAACUCAAACGUGCAACAUGGGUGUAAUUACCACAACGUAUGUGGUCUGUGAGUCUGUACAACCGCCUGUGUGUGAAAAUGGAUUUCCACCAGUGAAAGUCUAUGACGAAUCAGGUUGCUGCUAUCGCUACGAAUGUCAAUGUAAGUUCAAAACACAAUGAUUUUUAAUUAUCUUAUCUCCUUCUACAAAUACUUCAUACUCCAAGUUUACUUGUUUUAAAGACGUCCGGCAGUGAUUUUUGAACUUUCCUGUUGAAAAGCGAUAUCCCAAGUAUUAAUACAGUGAAAGUACACACACUAAAGGGUAAACAAAUACAAUGUGUUUUGAACAAAAUAGUGUUUUUUAGACACAACUGCAAACUUCAAGGAGUUGGUCUGAUCCAGGGACGCAACGUUGUUUUUUUAAGUGGGGGGGGGUUAUAGAAUAAUAAUAAUCAUAAUAUAUAUAAUCAAUAAUAAUAAAUAAUACAUAUAAUCAUAUAAUAAUAAUAAUAAUAAUAUGAUGUAAUAAAUAUCAUAUGUAAUAGGAUAAUAAUAUGUGAAAUAAUAAUAACAAUAAUAGAUAGUAAUAACAAUAAUAGUGAUAUAAUAAUAAUUAUAUAUAAAAGUAUACAAUAAUAUAUAAUAAUAUAAAGAAUAUUGACAUAAAUUAAUAAUAAUCUAAUAAUAAUGUAAUAAUAGUAAUAUGUUAAUCAAAUAAUAAUAAUAGUAUAAUAGUGAUAUAUAAUAGUCAUAAUAGAAAGUAAUGAAUAAUAAUAAUACUAGUGACAUAAUUAACAAUCAAUAAUAAUAAAUAAUUGAUAGAUAAUAAUAUAAUGAUAAUAAUAUAAUAAUUAAUAAUAAUAUAAUAAUAUAAUAACAAUAAUAGUAAUAUAAUAAUAGUUAAUACUUUUUUAUCCAGUUGGAUAAACACUCCAAACAUCCUACCCGACCGCUCGGAGGCGUCCGCAUGGUCCUAAAGCAUACUGUUGCCUCGUUUUGUAUCACAUUCCAAUGAAAAACUGGAGGGUACAAAAAUGCAAUAUCAGAACGUCCCCAGUGAAAGUUGCACCUCUGGUCUGAUCUGAUGGUGACAUUGUGAUGUUUUCAGCCUCCCCUCUUGCUUGUGCCAUGUCAUGAGGAUACCUAGACCACCUGUUGUGUUCAGUAAAUCAGGUGUUAAAUGAGGUGAAAAGGAGACUGGAGUAGGAUUUUAAACUCUUGUAUUGAUGAGUGAUCUAUCUAUUUGGUACCGUUUCUCUGUUUCAUCUCUCAGGUAUAUGCUAUGGAUGGGGAGACCCUCAUUACGUCACAUUUGAUGGGCAAUAUUACAGUUUCCAGGAAAACUGCACCUACGUUUUGAUUAAAGAAAUAGUUCCUCGAUAUAACUUCAGUGUCAUCAUCGACAACUACAACUGCGAUCCGUCUGGACACGUGACCUGCCCUCAGUCUCUGAUUGUCCAUUACAAGUCCUAUAUAAUCGUUCUUACUCCGAAGAGAUCAACCACGACAAAAAAUGUGGUAAUUAUAAAACACUUAUACACUUUUUAAAAGUGCACUUUGAUAUAGACAUUCAUUGAUAUAGAUAUUCUAUGAUAUAGAUAUUCUUUGAGAUAGAUAUUAUCAUACCACUUUAAGAAUGAAAAUAAUCUAGCUUCAUAUUUUGAAAUGUAUUAUUUACUUUUUGUAACGUGGAGGUAUUGAUUAAUAGGCAUAUCUGAUCCUGCCGACUACCACAAAUAUAAUUUUUAGUACUACACUAGAGUAGUUAGUAAUAGUAAUUUAGUAACAUUACAUAAUGGUUAAGCACUUUGAUGAUGCCAUCACGUUAACUCAAAAACCAUCAUCAAGGUAACCGAAACAUUCCCAGGACAUUUCAAAGAAUUUCAUUUUAUUGACAAAAGAUUAAAUGAAUUGACAGAAUACCACCUCUUAUUGUGAGUUCAUUUAGUUCUGGAAACCGUUCAUAUCUUAUCUACUGUGUUGUAACGUUAUUCUGUUCUCUAUUGUCAUUAAUUAUGUUGUGUUUUUCCUUCUCAUUCACAAGGUGUACAUCAAUGGAAAUCAGAUCUUCCCGACCUUUUCUAAUGAAGACCUCAUGAUCACCAGCACUGGAAUAGAGUUACUGUUGACUAUCCCUGCCAUUAAAGCACAAGUGAUGUUUAAAUCCCUUAUGUUCAGUGUAACCCUGCCAAACUCCCUAUUCCACAACAACACAGAGGGACAGUGUGGUAAGUAUGUAGGCUUUGUGUGUAUCCCAAAUGGCCCACUGUUCCCCAAUGCACUCCUUUCAACCAGGGGAUAGGGUCCCAUUGGGAUGCAGACAUGAUGUAGACAAAAUACACUUGUAGUAUAAAUCAGAAGAACAGCUUGUAGUACUCUGUGAGUAAACGGAACCUUAUUGGCGAUGAUUUGAUGUUAUUUUGUUGCAUGUUAUUGUAUUUCCAUGGCAUUAAAAAGUUCACUGUACAGUUGCAAUGAUAGCGUAACCAAUUAAAAGAUACUGUGUAGGUAUGCUUAAAGUUAUGAGCGGCUGUUUCUAACAUCAAAGAACCUUUGUUUCUUUCUCAUUCCCAUAUUUAUUUGACCUUUUUAAAGGCACCUGUGACAAUAUCAGGAAGAACGAUUGCAGAUUACCGAAUGGACAGAUUGAUCCAUCAUGUCCUGGGAUGGCUCAUCAAUGGCAGAUUCCUGAUGAUAAAAAACCCUAUUGUAAACCGAAAUCCCCUACCCCAUCUACCACAACUACCCAAUCAACCAAACAUACCUCACCUACCAAACCGAUGCCACCUAGCACACCUACCCCUACGCCUCCAACCUGCCCGUCAGGAAAGACAGCAAUCUGUGACAUCAUACUUAGCCCGUAAGACAUGUGACCUUCUAAUAACACACUGAGCCAGCGAUAUUACAAAGACACGUGAAUCUGAUUGAGGUUGCUAGUUUUGACACUGUAUACAUAAAACUCUGUAAACUUUCCAGUAAUGGGUUGUUGUUCCAUAAAGUAUAACCAAACUCAUAAUGAAACUUACCUUACAGACUUUUUAUGCCAUAUCAAAGUUUUAUAGAGCAUUCAUGAAGUCUUCAUAAACACUACAUAGAUGCUUCACUAAUAAUUUAGCCUGUAAGGCAUACAGUAAUCAAAUAUUUCAAAGUGAUCUGUCGUGACAUGUUAUAUGCCCCAUUUGGGUUAGGCCUAUAUAAUAACUUAAAUGGGUUCUUUAUUUUGGAAGGGUCUUUGAACAAUGCCAUGACGUUAUCCCACCACGACCCUUCUUCGAGGCCUGUAAGUUCGAUGUCUGCCACAUGCCAAAUAUCACAAUCGGCUGCUCCAGCCUGGAAACCUACGCUGUGAUGUGUGCAGGAGCUGGAGUCUGUAUCAACUGGAGGAACUCAACUAAUGGAAAAUGUGGUAGGGAGGGAAUUUCAUAUAAAAUAAGGACUGCGUCCCAAAUGGCAUUGUAUUCCCUACAUAGUGCACUACUUUAGACCAGGCUCUUGCCAAAAGUAGCGAUCUAUGUAGGGAAUAGGAUCCCAUUUGGGAUGCAGACAAGAUGUUAAUAAGAUUUUACAUAAUUAUAAUAAUUGUAUGAUUUAUCAUAAUGAAUUGUAUUUUGACAACCUGCAUUUACAAACUGUUUACGUACUGUUUUGUCUUUCAUUCCAUCUUGAACCAUAUUACAGAACUGAUCUGCCCUAAAACCAAAGUGUAUAAGGCAUGUGGCCCUACUAUCCAGCCAACAUGCAAUUCAAGGUAUCCAUCUCAUUCCCAUCUCAUUAUUUUACACCACUACCUAAUGUACAUGCAUUCUUAAAGGUUUCCAUUCCGUUUUUCUCCCUAGUCUGUAACGCAUUGUUUUUCCUUAUUAUAGAUACAAUGACAAAUAUGUGCAUUCAUGUGAGGGAGAACAAAACAGCCGUGACAUUGUAUGUGACACAUUCAUGGAGGGCUGCUUCUGCCCCGAGGGUACCAUCUUGUUCAACACGUUAUCUGACACCUGUGUUCGUGACUGUGGUAAGGAUGUGUCACCGUUUUGAGGAAUACAUUGUUUAAUUGUGUCUCAAAGUACCACCAUGUAUGACUUGAAAUCUUCUUUUCCCUUCAAGGAUGCACUGGACCUGAUGGGAAUCCCAAACAGGUAAGAAUGUAGAUCGAUUCAUUGUGGUGUACAUCAGAAGAAAUGGUGCGACAGUAUAUACAACCGAAAAUGGUUCAACGGCUCGCUUCACAUUACGGCCCUCAAAAAGGUUCUGUAUAGAACCCCAUUUCUUAUUUUCUUCAGUUUACUAGUUUCAUUGGGGCUUGUUAGUGGUCCAAGCCCUGAAGGGGCUGGAAGCCCUAUUGUUAUUAUCAAUCAAUCAAAUGUAUUUGAUAAAGCCCUUUUGUCAUCAGCAGUAGUCACAGAGUGCUUUACAGAUACCCAAGCAGUAAGCAAUGCAGAGACAGGAGCACAGUGGCUUUACAGAUACCCAAGCAGUAAGCAAUGCAGAGACAGGAGCACAGUGGCUUUACAGAUACCCAAGCAGUAAGCAAUGCAGAGACAGGAGCACAGUGGCUUUACAGAUACCCAAGCAGUAAGCAAUGCAGAGACAGGAGCACAGUGGCUUUACAGAUACCCAAGCAGUAAGCAAUGCAGAGACAGGAGCACAGUGGCUUUACAGAUACCCAAGCAGUAAGCAAUGCAGAGACAGGAGCACAGUGGCUUUACAGAUACCCAAGCAGUAAGCAAUGCAGAGACAGGAGCACAGUGGCUUUACAGAUACCCAAGCAGUAAGCAAUGCAGAGACAGGAGCACAGUGGCUUUACAGAUACCCAAGCAGUAAGCAAUGCAGAGACAGGAGCACAGUGGCUUUACAGAUACCCAAGCAGUAAGCAAUGCAGAGACAGGAGCACAGUGGCUUUACAGAUACCCAAGCAGUAAGCAAUGCAGAGACAGGAGCACAGUGGCUUUACAGAUACCCAAGCAGUAAGCAAUGCAGAGACAGGAGCACAGUGGCUUUACAGAUACCCAAGCAGUAAGCAAUGCAGAGACAGGAGCACAGUGGCUUUACAGAUACCCAAGCAGUAAGCAAUGCAGAGACAGGAGCACAGUGGCGAGGCAAAACUCCCUAGAAGGCAGGAACCUGGGGAAAAAACCAAGAGAGGAGCCAGGCUCUGAGGGGUGGCCAGUCCUCGUCUUAAUAACUUUGAAGUCUCUGCUAACAAUGUUUUGUUUUGUCCCAACACAGUUUGGUGAGACUUGGAACAGUAACUGCCAGAAGUGCGAGUGUAAUGCUGACACACUGAGUGUCCGGUGUGAACCAGUGAAAUGUCAGCACCAAGAAGUUGUUACCUGUAAGAAGUACGGUGAGGUGUUGGUCAACAAGACAGUGGACUGCUGUCAAAUAAAUACAUGUGGUGAGUAGAGACAGUAUUUCAGUUUAGACUAGGUAGAGCCACCUUAACGUACUACCAGGUAACCUGGGUACAGGUCUGUUGGUGCUAAAUGUUUGGCAUAUGACAUAUGCUGCCCUUUUACUCCACCCCAUUCCAAUGGCGGCUGAAUCACAUCACAUGUGGCUUACUACACCACAGAAACCCCUCUAACCAGACAGUGCAGGCCAGGGUCACUGAAUUAAAGGCCAAAUACACCACACCUCAAAAGUCAUGCCCUGUUGUGGUUUAAGCAUUAAAAGUGUGGAAAAAAACUGGGGUAAACCAGAGAAAACUGGGGGAAAUCCCCAAAAAACUGGAAAAACAAAACCAAGAAAACUGAAAUUUUGAGAAAACCCCCCAGAAAUAAGCAAAACAUUUAAACAUUACAAUAUUAGAAUUACAAUACAGUAGAUUUUGAAAGGCCUCACCAAUGUGUUCUGCUGUCAUGACCACACUUUAGAGUGUCUCAUCCUGCAGCACAGCAUUCUGGGAGAAGUUGAGGUCAGGUCCAACAUUGACUGUGCACCCCAAGAGGGAAAUAGGUUGGGCUAUCCUAGAAAUGUUUUAGUGAAAUAUAAUAUAUAUCAUUUUGCAUAUGCUUUUAUCCAAAGCAUGAGUACAUUUUUACGUAUGGGUGGUCCCGGGAAUCGAACCCAUUAUCCUGGUGUUGCAAUACUCUACCAAGAUGGAUGACUGUGUAAUAAAUACUUAGUGAAGCCUCAAUUUAAUUAUUUAUAAAGCCUUUAUUAAGCAGUGCUUAUGCCACCCUAUAUAAAGCACAUCUUUGUCACAUUUGACAUUGGUGGUUAUGUCAUACAGUUAUGCCACGUUUAUGAACCCUUUAUAGAGCAUGACAUACGGUCAUAGAAGAUUUGUAACACAUUGAUGUAGUGUUUAUAAAGCCUUUAUACUGUAAGCUGCACGUCAUUUGAAGAGGGACCGAAAGGUUAAUAGCUGACGUGCAUAAAAACGGUGCCUCCAUGUACUUACCACAAAUGCCUUGUUUGCUAAGUUCGUCGUAUUGUACAGUGCUCUCCGUUACUCUGUUUUUGUAUCAGCAUUAGCACAGUACACAUGAUCACAAUUCUAGCUCCAUGAUGGCGGCAAUUUAAAAAACCCAAAAAGUAGAUUGUGCUGAUUUACUGGCACAUUGGACCAUCUCAUUGGACCAUGUCAUUGGACCAUCUCAUUGGACCAUCUCAUUGGACCAUCUCAUUGGACCAUCUCAUUGGACCAUCUCAUUGGACCAUGUCAUUGGACCAUCUCAUGUCAUUGGACCAUCUCAUUGGACCAUCUCAUUGGACCAUCUCAUUGGACCAUGUCAUUGGACCAUGUCAUUGAACCAUAUCAUUGGACCAUGUCAUUGGACCACGUCAUUGAACCAUGUCACGCGCUGUAAUGUAACAUCUGUGUAUAGUGGUAACAUGGUGCAGGUAUCAACAACUGUCUGACCCUUUUAUUGUGUGUUCUUUCAGUGCCCAAACCUGUCUGUGUCCACAAUAAUACUGAAUUCACGGUGAGCAGUAACACUUCUUUUGAUAUCAGAGCAGUAUUACAAUAAAACAUUUGUAAUUUUUUUAUAAAAUAUACCUAAAUAUUGAUGUACCAAUCACAGAUUGCCCCUUUAAGUCGUCUUGAGAGCCACUGAGGACCCAAGCUUAAUGUUUUGCUACAGCACAUGAUACUAACUCUUGCUUGCACUCUCCAGCUUGGUGAAAAUGUUCCCAGCGGCAUCUGUGAGGAGUGCAAGUGUGGCCCUAAAAAGGAUCCAGUCUCCGAGCUAUAUGUUGUUGAGUGUGUCCAAAUCAACUGUUCCACCACCUGCCAAACGGUACUGUACUCGGGAUAAUGGCCAACUCGGUUUAACAUUUUACAUGGUAGGCUAUACAGUUUGACAUGAAGGACAUCCGCUAAUGAUGCCACCUUGUUGAUUCCCGUCCAGGGUUAUGAGUAUGAAGUCGUACCUGGGGAAUGCUGUGGAACAUGUGUCCAGAAGGAAUGUGUUGUAGCUCUACCAAACGCCACAUCUCACAUCAUUCAGGUGACAGCGAUGAGAUAAUUCACCCAAUUUAGAUUAUUAUUAAUAUCAGGUAUCUUUGUGAUAUCACAAAUGGACGAAUGACGUCACUAAUGAGAACUUAUUAUAAGUGCUUACAAAUGUUUAUAAAUGCAUCAUAAAUGUUAUAGGUCUAAAUGCUUAAGAAUUGUAAUGCUUGUUUACAUUUUCAAACCAUGAAGUACUUAUUUCUGAAAAGCUUAUAAAUUAUUUAGCAACGCUUAUUUAUUUAAGUUUUUAUAACGUGCAGCAUUAACUUACCAACAUUUCUUUCCUGCUACCUGACAGCUUGGGGAGUUGUGGUCGCUCCCUAGUGACCGCUGUGUGACGUAUUACUGCACAAAGAGAAACGACCAGUUCAUCGUUGUGAAAACCAAAUUGGAAUGCCCAGUGUUCAGUCCAGAAGACUGUGUCCCUGUAAGUAGAUGAGAAAACUGGUUGAAUUUGUUUCUUUAAAGUAAAGUAACUAUAUCUAAAUAUGCUGUUUGCUUCAUAGGAUAGUAACUUGUAGGUUAUAUUGAAUUUACACCCUAGUAACAUUUCAUAUCUGAUCAUAGUUUUCCAUUAUAACAUCUAUACUGUGUUCUCCAACUCAAUAGACCGUAACUAGUCAUAUCCAAAUUUAACUGUACACUAUUCUUUUUGACAUCAAAGGGAACUGAGAAAACUGAUGCAAAUGGCUGUUGCACAUCCUGUAAGUAACAAAACAACUGGAUUUAUUUAUAAAUAUUCAUGAUUUGUGUCUUUUUUGUUCAUACAUCAGAUCUAGUAGUCAAACAUAAUCUCUUGUGAACAUAACCUCUUGUGAACAUAACCUCUUGUGAACAUAACAUAUUGUGAACAUAACCUCUUGUGAACAUAACAUCUUGUGAACAUAACCUCUUGUGAACAUAACCUCUUGUGAACAUAACCUCUUGUGAACAUAACCUCUUGUGAACAUAACCUCUUGUGAACAUAACCUCUUUGAACAUACUUUAACAUAAUUUGUAAACAUAACUCUGUGACAUAACUUUGUAACAAUAACCUUGUGAACAUAACUCUGUGAAAUAACUCUUGUGAACAUAACUCUUGUACAUACUCUUGACAAAAAACAUAACCUUUUGUGAACAUAACCAUCUUGUGACAUACCUCUUGUGAACAUACCUCGAAAUACCCUGUGACAUACUCUGUGAACAUAACCUCUUGUGAACAUAACCUCUUAUGACACAAUAAAUCAAUGUUGAGUUACUGUAGAUGAAACUGAAUGCAGAUAUGAUGUGAGUCUGAUGGUUCUGGAAUAUAUAAUAAUCUACUGGAUGUAGUUCCAUUUCCAUAGCCAGAAAACCAGACCCUGUUUUGUGAGGACAUUCCAGUCCUUGUGCUCAGUUUCAUUGCCAAAUACGCAUGACAAGGCGUGGCAAGGAGUUCAAUUAUAGCUAAAACCAGGCAACUUUUUCAAGUAGCUCAAAGUCCAAGCACUUUACAUAGUAAGGGGGAAACUCACCUCUUUAAAAUGUCCUCCCUAACUCUGUCUCCCUCCCCAGGCACUCCAAUCAGUCACUGUGAUGUGAAGAACACCACCACCUACCUAGAGGUGACAGACUGCAGGUCUACUGUGCCCGUGGAGAUCGCAGCCUGCGGGGGAUCCUGUGGAACGUCUUCUAUGUGAGUAGAAACUCAAAAUAAGCACACACACACACACACAGAAACAAACGCAACAUGCAUUUGGGUCUUGCAGAAAUGUGUACGGGUGGAAUUGGAUUGAAGGGUGAGAAUUCAAUGGGAGUUGACCUAUUGCAGAAUGAAUUGGGACUGUUUCUAACAGUGUUGUUUGUAUGUCCUGUUUGCUAGGUACUCUGCAGAGAAAAACACCUUGAUGCACUCCUGCUCCUGCUGUCAAGAGAUGUCUACCAGUGAGAGGGAGGUGGAGAUGGUCUGCUCUGACGGGAAGAAGUUCAUGCAUUCCUACAUUUACAUUGAUAAGUGCGGCUGCCAUGAAACUGAGUGUGACAAGCAGAACCACUUAGAUUAGGCCUAGAAGUCUUUUAAAAUGGCCUUAUCAAUUUUCCUAUUUACAUUAACUGCAUGGAAUAUUAAAUACCUUUAUCUAUAGGGAACCAAUAGGGUCUGACUCAUUAUCAUAUAGGCUACUUUCAUGAACUGUAUGUCCUUUCUCUCUACACUAUCAUAUAAAUGAUUCAUGUUGUCUAACUUUUUCUCAAAUGUAUUAAACUGAUUAAGAAGCAUGUAGUCAUUAUCUUUCUCAUUUGAUUUCAUAUUGUUUAGUGCAUCAAUGUGCGACUAGGUAAAAAGUACAGAUAUGAUUUAAUAAAGAACACAUUCAUUAUAUAAGUGCUACUAUUAAAGGGGCAAUCUGCGGCUCAAACAAUAACAAAGUAGGCGCCCCGCCACUGUUUUGGCAAAAAGCUGAAGGAUGGGGCUGGAGGAAUUUAACCACUUUCAAACUCAUAAACAGAGCCAUGGAUGCAAGGACUGACCAUCCAUGAUAUCAACAUUAUAGUUUUAACCAUGUUUUGAGGAUAUAUAGUGUUUGUUAACAAUGAUGUUGUUUACGAACAAUGGAAUAAAGCAAUGUUAUAUUUGGGGUUCUGAUGGGCUGCUACUGUUGAACUAAGCUCAUUGGACAUUUAUAAGUUAUAUUCUUCAAGAAUCAAUGGGU